AAGUUUCUUUCCUUCUUUCCUUCCCGUCAUCGUGAAGGAUUGGUUUGAUUCGCAACAUUUCUUGCCAUCCUAUCCCCUUUACCUCACCCAUCGCCAUUCUCAUGCUCACUCCUCAAAACCUCGGAUACCUUUGCUUUUAAAGAUAUUCUUACAAACUCGUAUAUAUCUUAGCUCUAUGUUUCCCUAGCUACAUACCUAUGUAGUUGUCUACAGCAUUGUCUUUUUUUCGUAUGCUUACUUUUAUUUCACGCACUAUUAGUUUAGCAAUAAAAAAUUACCCAUUUUAUACGUCGCCAUGAGGGUGUGUCUCUGGCCUGCCCUCGCGGCUAUGGCUCUGGCCCUCGUUCAUGCUUCGACAUUAACACCACCUGUAUUACCUUUGAUUGUUCGGAAUCCGUACUUGAGCUUCUGGUUCGCACAUUCCCGAGAUGCUCCGUGGGAGAACUGGCCUAUGUUCUGGACCGGCAGCACCGUCGGCUUCGCUAUCAUGGCCGCUGUGCCAGAGACCAAGACAGUAUAUCCUCUAUUAGGUCGCUCGCAGGACUUCUUGAGGCGUUCUUCUAGUUUUGAAGUUUCGUUUCCGAGAUAUGACGGCGCUACGUUCGACGCUUCCACCACGAAUCUGACAUUUACCAUUCAGGAUUCUGAUAUAAAAAUCACACUUUCGUUCCUAUCCCCUAUUACGCCCACAUCGACAUUUCGACAAUCGCUACCGGCCGGCUAUUUGACUUGCAUCGUCGAGGGAUCGACGGACGUUAGUCUUUACGUUGAUAUAAACGGGGAAUGGGUCAGUGGCAAUAGAGACAAUAAGAUUGAGUGGGGGCUCGUCCAGACCGAAAAGAGUGAUAGUGCUAAGACUCCAAUCAAGACGUGGAGCAUCACACGACAUCAAGAACAGCUCCUAACCGAGUUUUUCGACCAUGCUGAGUGGGGAACUAUUCAUAUUUCUGCCCCAGCUGAUGUUGAACAUCAAUCCGGUGAAUCGAAUUAUAUACGGCGUCAUUUUGCUGAGCAUGGUUCGUUGGGAAAUAAGAUUGACGAUUCUUACCGCGGAAUUUUCGAAGAUGAGCCUAUUUUCGCCUUUUCCAAGUCCUUCAAGCUUAGAGAAAAGUCGAAUGACUCGCCUGGUGGUGCUAAAGACAGCGUGAUGUUCACGUUUGCCCUCACUCAAGAUCCCGUCGUUCAAUUUGCGUCAGCUAGAGGAUUGACUUUAAUGCGACCCUUGUGGGCCUCUUAUUUCUCAAGUGCCCAGGAAAUGUUGCAAUACCACUAUGACGACUACGACACGGCGGUAUACCUUGCCAGCAAUUACUCCGAACAUCUUGCUAAAGACGCAUUCGCUUCCGGUUCUCAAGAUUACCAAGACAUUGCGGCACUGUCGGCACGCCAAGUAUUGGGAGCGACGCAAUUCUCCGGGACCCCUGAGAACCCCAUCAUCUUCCUCAAGGAAAUCUCAUCGAAUGGCAAUUUCCAGACUGUCGAUGUUAUAUUCCCAGCGUUCCCAUUUUUCUUAUAUACCAACCCCCAGUGGCUGGCAUACCUGCUCGAGCCUCUGUUGGAGCACCAACUAAGCGGUCAGUAUCCCAACGAUUACAGCAUGCAUGAUCUCGGGUAUCAUUUCCCUAACGCAACCGGACACGGCGAUGGGAAUGACGAGUACAUGCCGGUCGAGGAGUGUGGUGAUAUGUUAAUUAUGGGCCUUGCAUUGGUGAAUGCACUGAGGGAUAAUACGCAGCCCGCGUUUGCUCGUACAUCGCCAACCGAAAUAAUACCUCUAAACUUGGAGCAUAUUGAGAAUUCGGGCCUGGUUAAUUCCUAUGGAAUGGAUCUCACAUGGGAAGAUAUGGGCACAACGGGUGAAAAGGCUGCGGCAAGAUGGGUUCAUCGAUCCUAUAAACUAUGGAAACAAUGGACGGGUUACCUUGUCCGAGAAUCGCUCAUCCCUGCCAACCAGUUGUGUACCGAUGAUUUUGCCGGUUGGUUAGCUAACCAGACAAACCUGGCACUGAAGGGAAUAAUCGGCAUUAAGGCCAUGAGUGAAAUUUCCCAAGUCAUCGGCGAAGAGGUCGACUCCAAAUGGUAUAAUAAUGUAGCCGACGAAUACAUUGAUAAAUGGCAAGAAUUUGGGUUAUCUAGGGACAAGACACAUGCGAAGCUGGCGUAUACCUGGUAUGGAUCAUGGACAACACUCUACAAUAUCUUCGCCGACGCUUUGCUUUGCUUCCAUCUACCUACCAAUACGUCAUCUUUGCAGGGAUCGAGUAGGAUUGGAAACUCGGAACAAGUACCCAUUGAACAUGAGGACGAGGCCAGAACUAGCUCGAGGUCAACGUUUAUCCCGGACAGUAUAUAUCAGAUGCAAAGCGAUUGGUACCACGCAGUACUCCAGAGAUACGGCUUGCCACUAGACAGUCGCCAUCUAUAUACAAAGAGCGACUGGGAAUUCUUCGCUGCUGCUGUAACGAGUAAGAAAGUGCGGACCGAGAUUCUUCAGCACGUUGCGACCUGGGUCAACGAGACCGUAACAGAUCGACCUCUGACAGAUCUCUAUGAGACGGAAGGGAGAGGAGGGUUUCCUGGACCUAAUUUUAUGGCUCGUCCAGUGGUAGGAGGCCAUUUUGCCUUCCUCGCGUUGGAGAGAGCCUGUGGAGGUAAAGCAUCCGAGGGUCUGAGGUUUUUAGAUGAUGCGGCUCCUACAACUGUUGACGUCGAACGAGCAUUGAUGGCGGAUAUGAUUGAGAAUCAAGUCGAUAUGGGUGAAUUGUAAUGAUAGCCCAAUACUUCUAAAUAGCCCAUUUCGCUUCGGUUUGGAUACAACAAAGCAUGGCAUAUGUGCAAAUGAGUACCUAAGGUUUAACGACUCGAAUCAAGUGAACAAUUGGUAUAGAGGAGACUACGAUCCGGUUUGUUGUAUUGCAUAUGUGUCUUCUGAGUGAGUCUUGAAGGAAAGUCGUUGGAAGCAUUGGCCUUCAUGUUGUCUUCCUUCUACUUGGCAUCGGGAUAGUAUCGUUUCCGUACAUUAAUAUAACUCGGUAAUACAUG